AUGGCCAAUCGUAAACUCACCCCAACAACAAUAACAUGUACGAAUGAUAAGGACAAUAAAGUAUCCGUAUUAACAGAUAAACAAAUUCGUUAUGAAUUAUGUGCAAUUAAUGAUUUAAACAAUGGACAAAUGAAAGAAUUCGAAAUAAAAACAUCACUUGUUAACACAACUAUUUUACUUAUUAGACAGGAUAAUAAAUUUUAUGCUUAUUCAAGUAAAUGUUGUCAUUAUAAAUUACCAUUAGUCAAAGGUGUAUUAAUUAAUAAUCAUCUUCGUUGUUUUGCACAUGGUGCUUGUUUUCGUGUCGAUACUGGCGAUAUUGAAGAUCAUCCAGGUCAUGGCAAUUUACUAAAAUAUGAUGUGGAAAUUGUUGAUAAUCAGGUUAUUUUAGUUGCACAAAUACAAGAUCUGGAAAAACUAGAACGUACAAAAAUACCUGAUAAUCUAGUCAUUGAAGAAAAACCAGUAGUGGCUAUUAUUGGAGCUGGAGCAGGUGGAUUUACAUGUGCUGAUAUGCUUCGUCAGAAUGGCUUUCGUGGUCGUAUUAUUUUAUUUACAUGUGAAGGAACAUUACCUUAUGAUCGUGUUCAAUUAUCGAAACAACCAUCUAAAAAUCCUCAAGAUUUACUUCUACGUGAUCAAAUUUAUUUUAAAAAUGCUCAAAUUGAUUUACUACUCCAUACAGAAGUCACGAAUAUUAAUUGGACUGCCAAAAACUUAACAUAUAAAACAUUAAGUAAUCAAAUGAAAUCUCUUGCAUAUGAUUAUUUAGUAUUAGCAACUGGCUUACGACCAAGAAAAUUACCUUCAUCAUUACCAGGAUAUAAUCUUCGUAAUAUAUUUUAUUUAAGAUCAUUAGAAGAUGCUAGUAAUCUUGUUAAUACAGCUAAAUUAUUGGAUACAAAAAAUAUUGUUAUUAUUGGUGAUUCAUUUAUUGCAUUAGAAUUAUGUGGAUGGUUAACAACUGGUUUAAAUGACAAGAAAACUAUUUCAGUGGUAAUGCGUUCAAAAAUUCCUAUGAGACGUAUUUUUGGUGAACGAAUUGGUCGAGCUUUACAAAAAGUUCAUGAAAAAAAUGGUGCAAUAUUUUACUCACAAGCUGAUGUGAUCAAAUUAACAGGUGAAAAUAAUCGUGUUAAAUCUAUUCAAUUAUCAACAGGUGAUUUAAUUCCAUGUGAUUUAGUUAUUGUUGCAAUAGGUAGUGAAAUAUGUACUGAAUUAUAUAAAAAUUCUCCUAUUGAAAUGACGAAUGAUGGAUUUAUUAAAGUGAAUCAACGUCUUGAAACAUCAGUUGAACAUGUUUUAGCCAUUGGUGAUAUAAGUAGAUAUCCAUUAAAAAUAUUCAAUUUAGAUGAUAUUAACUGUCAACAUUGGCAAAUGGCUUGUUCAACAGGACAUCAAGCUGCCGAUACUAUCUUACAUUAUUAUGUUGGUCAAAAACAAGAUAAUUCUCGUUCAUUAAAAACUGAUUUUUAUACAGUACCGAUAUUUUGGACAACACAAAAUAAUAAAACAACAAUACGUUAUGCUGGAUAUACACGUGAUCCUGAAAAUGUUAUAAUUCAUGGUGAUCUUGAUGAUGAAUUUAAAUUUGUUGCAUAUUAUAUUGUUGAUGGUUAUGUUCGAGCUGUUGCUCAAUCAAAAUAUGAACCAUUAUCAUCUGAAGUAGCCGAAGUGUUUUAUCAUAAACGAAAUAUUCGAAUGAAAGAUAUUGAAAAUGAUAUGUAUGGUUAUAGAAAAUAUCUUGAUUUUAAAACAAAAAAACCUGAAUAA